CUCCCCCUGGGAGCAGGCCCCCCGCGCCAUGGCAAGCGUGGUGGUGAAGACAAUCUGGCAGUCCAAAGAGAUCCAUGAGGCGGGGGACCCACCUGUGGGGGUCGAGAGCCGCGCCCAGCUGGUCCCCGAGGCUCCCGGGGGGGUGACCAGCCCUACCAAGGGGAUCACGAAGAAAAAGAAGGCCGUGUCCUUCCAUGGGGUGGAGCCCCGGAUGUCCCACGAGCCAAUGCACUGGUGCCUGAACCUCAAGCGGUCCUCAGCCUGCACCAACGUGUCCUUGCUCAACCUGGCUGCAAUGGAGCCGGACUCCUCAGGCACAGACUCCACCACGGAGGACAGUGGUCCACUGGCACUGCCGGGGCCACCUGCUUCUCCUGUACCACCCUGGGCUCCGGAGGACCCUGACAUCACAGAGCUUCUGAGUGGGGUCAACAGUGGAUUGGUGCGUGCCAAAGACUCCAUCACCAGCUUGAAGGAAAAGACUACGAGGGUUAACCAGCAUGUUCAGACACUGCAGAGCGAGUGCUCGGUGCUGAGUGAGAACCUGGAAAGGCGGCGGCAGGAGGCAGAAGAGUUGGAGGGUUACUGCAGCCAGCUGAAGGGCCCCUGCCCUGAUGUCCUGACCCAGGAGAACUGCCGCAAGGUGACCCGCUCAGUGGAAGACGCUGAAACCAAAACCAAUGUCCUGAAGCAGAACUCUGCCUUGCUGGAGGAGAAGCUAAGAUACCUCCAGCAGCAACUGCAGGAUGAGACGCCGCGGAGACAGGAGGCCGAGCUGCAGGAGCUAGAGCAAAAGCUGGAGGCAGGCCUCUCCCGGCACGGCCUGAGCUCUGCCACUCCCAAUCAGGGCUGCUCCGGCCCGCCUGGCAGUCCCGAGGAACCCCCGCGGCCGCGGGGCCUGGCCUCCAGUGCCUGGGGCAUGGCACCCCGGGCAGGGGAGGGACCUUCGCUGACAGAGCAGGAGUUGCAGAAGGUCUCCACCGGCUUGGAGGAGCUGAGGAGGGAGGUGUCCUCGCUGGCAGCCCGGUGGCAUCAGGAGGAGGGCGCAGUGCAGGAGGCGCUGCGGUUGCUGGGUGGCCUGGGUGGCCGGCUGGAUGGCUUCCUGGGCCAGUGGGAGCUGGCCCAGCGGGAACAGGCACAGUCUGCGCGGGGUUUGCAGGAGCUGCGAGGACGGGCGGAUGAGCUGUGCACUAUGGUGGAGAGGUCAGCAGUGUCUGUGGCUUCACUGAGGAGUGAGCUGGAGGCGCUGGGCCCAGUGAAACCGGUUCUGGAGGAGCUGGGGCGGCAACUUCAGAACUCCCGAAGGGGAGCUGACCACGUCUUGAACUUGGACCGGUCUGCCCAAGGCCCUUGUGCUCGGUGUGCCAGCCAGGGGCAGCAGCUGUCCACGGAGUCCCUGCAGCAGCUGCUGGAGCGUGCGCUGACCCCGCUGGUGGAUGAGGUGAAGCAGAAAGGACUGGCUCCUGCCUGCCCCAGCUGCCAGAGGCUACACAAGAAGAUUCUGCCCAGUCCAGUAAGCCCAGCGGCGCCUACACUCCUCUCCCCAGGAGCUGGAGCGCCAGGCCUUGGCCAAACACGUCAGGGCAGAGGCCCUGAGCUCCACCCUUCGGCUGGCCCAAGACGAAGCCGUUCGGGCCAAGAACCUACUGCUGACGGACAAGAUGAAGCCGGAGUGAGGACGAAGGCAGAGGGCAUGGGAGGAGGGGAGAAGGUGGCCACUUUGGACUAUAUGCAUUUGAAGAUGUGUUCCCUCCACGACCAGCUCAGCCACCUGCCACUUGAGGGAUCCACGGGGGCAAUGGGGGGAGGAAGCACUGGAGCGGCGCCCCCUAAACGUGGGGGCCCAGGCUCUGAACAAUAAAUGGCCUCUCAUGCUGGCAUGAA